GUCCGAUUCCCCCAAUCUCCCCUCAAUCACACAUCAGUCACAAUGGCUUCCCGCAGCUUCUCCAAGGCCCUGCGCCCCAUGGCGCGUCAAUUGACCGCCACCGGCACCCAGCAGCGCACCUUCGUCGCCGCCAGGAGCUUGGUGCGAGCUUCCGCUCAGGUCACCAAGGCUUUCGCCGGCCCCGUCCAGCAGCAGGCUCGCGGUGUCAAGACCGUUGACUUUGCCGGCCACAAGGAGGACGUCUACGAGCGUGCCGACUGGCCCCAGGAGAAGCUCCUUGACUACUUCAAGGACGACACCCUCGCCCUCAUCGGCUACGGCUCGCAGGGUCACGGCCAGGGCCUCAACCUCCGUGACAACGGCCUCAACGUCAUCAUCGGCGUUCGCAAGAACGGCCAGUCCUGGAAGGACGCCCAGCAGGAUGGCUGGGUCCCCGGCAAGAACCUGUUUGAUGUUGAUGAGGCCAUCAGCCGUGGUACUAUCAUCAUGAACCUCCUCUCCGACGCCGCUCAGAGCGAGACCUGGCCCGCCAUCAAGCCCCAGCUCGUUAAGGGAAAGACCCUCUACUUCUCCCACGGCUUCUCCCCCGUCUUUAAGAAGGAGACCAAGGUCGACGUCCCCACCGACAUUGAUGUCAUCCUCGUCGCCCCCAAGGGCUCCGGCCGCACCGUCCGCUCCCUCUUCCGUGAGGGCCGCGGCAUCAACUCCUCCUUCGCCGUGUUCCAGGACGUCACUGGCAAGGCCCGCGAAAAGGCCCAGGCCCUCGGUGUCGCCAUCGGCUCCGGCUACCUGUACGAGACGACCUUUGAGAAGGAGGUCAUCUCUGACCUGUACGGUGAGCGUGGCUGCCUGAUGGGCGGUAUCCACGGCAUGUUCCUCGCUCAGUACGAGGUCCUCCGUGAGCGCGGCCACAGCCCCAGCGAGGCCUUCAACGAGACCGUCGAGGAGGCCACCCAGUCCCUGUACCCCCUGAUCGGUGCCAAUGGCAUGUACUGGAUGUACGAGGCCUGCUCCACCACCGCCCGCCGCGGGUGCCAUCGACUGGAGCCCCAAGUUCAAGGACGCCCUGAAGCCCGUCUUCAACGACCUGUACAACGCUGUCGAGGACGGCACCGAGACGAGGCGUUCGCUCGAGUAUAUCCUCAUGUGGGUUGGUGCCGUGGCACCAUGUACCAAUGA